CCAGUCAAUGGUCGUGGCUGGAUUGUGCCUAGCUGUUCUGAUUCUUUUAAUCAUAGCACUGAAUGGAAUAAUAUUCUUCCACACGAAACUUAACCUAUGUAGCUCUCGUAGUGAGGUUUUCGACGUCCUCCAAAUGUCUCCAGUCAAGAAGGAACGCGUCGUCGAGGACGACGUCGAAGCUAAUUACCAAGAACACGACGGCGUCGAGAUCAACGACAACCAGUCGACACCGUUGCCCGAAGAGACUACCGGAGAUCAGGCUGUUGAGCCUAACGGUGAUGUGCACGUUAAGGUCGACAUCGAAAGUAAAGCAGGGUCAUCGGAGAAUAAGGACGGUGACGGAGAUGCUGAGACACCUGGAGAGAAUGGCGAAGCUGAAGGCGUCAAUGUACCAAAUGAUAUCAGCAAACAGGACGAAGGAAAGGAGGACAAUGCUGGUGCGACUGAACAUGAUGUAGUCAUCGUAGAGGGUGCCAGUGAAACUUGAUAAACAUUGCAACGUUGAUUCCUAAGUGAGAUUUUAGUGCGAAUCAGAGUAGCAUUUCAAAAUCAUUCGGGAGGGAUGUGUAUAUAAUUGGAAAAAAACACGCAACCCAUCCGCAAGCGAAUACAUAUUAUUUUCAAAGUUAUGCACGAAAAUUGUAGAUAUUUACCAAAUUGAAAGAGUUAAUUUGCAAUAGGGUCCGAUCCAUUCCAGCAAAUUUAUUUAUUCAUUUUUUAAUUUUAGUAUAGCUCUACAGGAUGAUUCCAAUAAAAUGUUGAAAUUCACAUCAACCGUUAGAAAUGGCAAAAUAACUUAUCCUUAUUUGCAAACAGGGUUAGAUCCAUUUUAGCUUGCAAAAGGGGUUAGAUUCAU